AGUUUUCUCUAAAGAAUCUGAAGGUCUUAACAGCAAAACAACAAUGGGAGCUGAAACUGAAUCGCAGGAAAAAUGCACACAAGAGAAGCCAAAGACUAGUCUCACACAGGAACAGUUCCUUUCAUGGAAACGCCAAAAGGAUGCUGCUGUAUCAGCCAGCAGGGCUGAAGUAUCCAGGAAACGUGCAGAAGAUAUUGCAGCAGGAACAGUCCAAAUGAAUGGCCGGGAGUUGUUUGCACAUGAGCCAUGGGUGUUUGACAACUCACGAUAUUGAGGUUUCUUUUUCAUUUAGCUCAUAAGAUCUGUGGUCAUGCUCUGAAUACUUUUGUUGUAAAGUAAUUUUAUUUAUGCCUUUUUCUGGGAUGGGGCUUAUGAGUUACAUUUCAUUUUCAUUUUAUAUAAAUAUUAUGUUGGUAAGGGUCAAAA